UCUGGCGGUGGUGGUGUGCGGUUGGACUGUGGUUGUGUUUCAGGUCUGGUCGUGUUGAUAACGACACACUUACGACGCAUUUCAUCGCGGGAGAGAUGGGAGUUAUGAAGAAAUGGCUCUAAAACAAAUUGCCCCAACGCUGCUGGCCCUGCUCGGGCUGGUGGCCGUCGGUAAUGCUUUACGUUGCAACUGCACAAACUGUGAGAAGACUGGCUAUGAGUGCGAGACAGACGGUGCCUGCAUGGCUUCAACUUAUUAUGUCAAUGGGAAGGAGGAACACGUACGUGUCUGCAUCAACCAGGACAGCCUGGUCCCCCCUGGGCAACCGUUCUACUGUUUGAGUGCUGAAGGUUUCUUCAAUACUCACUGCUGCUAUGUAGAUUACUGCAACAGUAUUGACCUGAAAGUCCCAGUCCCAACCAAAGGGGGUGAAUGGUCAACCCAAGUGAGCAACUGGGGGCCAGUGGAGCUGGUGGCAGUGAUUGCAGGGCCCGUGUUCCUGCUCUGUGUGUUGCUGAUGGUCGGGGUGUUCCUGUUCCAGUAUCACCAGAGGGCCUACAGCCACAGACAAAGGCUGGAGGUAGAAGAUCCCUCCUGUGACCAUCUAUACUUGGCCAAGGAUAAGACGCUCCAGGACCUAAUCUACGACAUGUCCACCUCUGGAUCAGGCUCUGGUUUGCCCCUGUUUGUGCAGCGGACUGUGGCCAGGACUAUUGUGCUGCAGGAAAUAAUAGGAAAAGGUCGCUUUGGGGAGGUGUGGCGCGGGAAGUGGAGGGGAGGCGAUGUAGCAGUGAAAAUCUUCUCAUCCAGAGAGGAGCGCUCCUGGUUCAGAGAGGCUGAAAUCUACCAGACAAUCAUGUUACGGCAUGAAAAUAUCCUAGGAUUUAUUGCAGCAGACAACAAAGACAACGGCACUUGGACUCAACUCUGGCUGGUGUCAGACUAUCAUGAGCAUGGCUCACUUUUUGACUACCUGAAUCGCUACUCUGUCACCAUUGAGGGGAUGAUCAAAUUGGCUCUAUCAGCUGCCAGCGGCUUGGCACACCUACACAUGGAGAUCCUAGGCACUCAGGGUAAACCUGGCAUUGCUCACCGUGACCUCAAGUCCAAAAAUAUUCUGGUUAAGAAGAACGGCACGUGUGCUAUAGCUGACCUUGGUCUGGCAGUCCGCCAUGAGUCUAUCACAGACACGAUCGAUAUUGCACCGAAUCAGCGCGUGGGCACUAAGAGGUAUAUGGCUCCAGAAGUCCUGGACGAAUCCAUAAACAUGAAACACUUUGACUCCUUCAAGUGUGCUGACAUUUAUGCACUGGGCCUGGUGUAUUGGGAGAUUGCGCGUCGCUGCAACACAGGAGGUAUUCAUGAGGAGUACCAGCUACCCUACUAUGACCUUGUGCCCUCUGACCCGUCCAUAGAAGAAAUGAGGAAGGUGGUGUGUGACCAGAAACUGAGGCCCAAUGUGCCCAAUUGGUGGCAGAGCUAUGAGUCACUGCGCGUGAUGGGGAAGAUCAUGAGGGAGUGCUGGUAUGCCAACGGAGCAGCCAGACUGACAGCUCUGCGCAUCAAGAAGACUUUGUCUCAGCUCAGCGUGGAGGAGGACGUGAAGAUGUGAGCGUACAGGCGGCAGAAAGACACUCUGGAGACGCACAACCAGACAACACUCCCAUAGGAAAGAAACACUAAAGACAGACUGCAAAUGAAAACCCUGCCAGUUUUAAAGCCACACUCCAAGUUGUGACAAGGCCUACCUCACCUUUUUAGCCAAAACUACUGAGAAUCACCCCUUCUCCUCCUCCUCCUGACUUUUCUCUCCCUUCCCCUGCCUCCCUUUAGCUCCUCACGUCUCUUCCUCCUUCCCUCUGACUCCCUUCUCCAUGGGCCACAACACUACAGCACUACCACUGUUAAUAUCAUCACACUCAACCUUUCUUUUUUCAUCUCCCAUGGCAGGAAGUAGAACUCUUGUACAGUGAGAAGAAUCUUCUGUUUUUGAUCAUCUGUUUUCUUUUUUUUCCCUUUUAACCCCUCUGAAAUUGUCCAUCGAUGGACUAAAGUCGUCCAGAAGAGUCGGGCAUGUUGUGGGCUUCAAGUUUAGGAACGAUUACACAUAACUUUCCAUUGUGUUGGCCAUACAACAUCAUAUUCUGUCGCUGUAAGGAGGGGAAAGAGGCUGAAGCACUGUUUUUUAUAGUCGUGUGUGUGUGUGUGUGUGUGUGUGUGUGUGUGUGUAUGUGUGUAAAAGGUGUCUGGACUACUAGCAUGUUCCCAAGACACUACAAUGUCUACUGGUGUAGGCUGUAGUUCAUUAGAGAAAAUCAGUUAUUGGACAUGUGGUAAUUAAGCAUGAACAGCUGGAUUGUGCUUUUUUUUUUUUUUUUUUUUUUUCCCUCGUUUUAUUCCCUCACUUGAAUAUUCUUCAAACACAAAUUAGUUGCACUCAACUGUAGCUUCCUCAUCACAUGUGAGACCGGGCAGGUGUCACAUAGCAGAUGCGGUCCAGUCCUGGCGUUUAGUUUGAAAUGUGGCAGGGAUAAUGUUGAAUUUACUUUCUUUUUUUUUUUCUUGGGAUGGUUUUAUUUAUUUGUUCAUAGUUUUUACUACAUAAUGAUGAACACUGUGAGAUGAGAUGUGACAAACCACAAAAUUAAAUGUCGUAGUUCAGUCAAAGUCUUCAGUCGUGGGUUAUUGCAUUCAUUUUUUUUUAAAUUUAAUUUCUUCUUCUUCUUUUUUUUUUUUUUUUUUU